GCAGCGGCGGCGGCGGCGGCGGUGGCGCGGCUCGCGCGUCGGCCGUGGGGCUCCUGCGGGGUCCCCGGGAAGGGGCGCAAAUUAACAGAUGUGCAUGAGGAGGUGCGUGGUCGGCCUCACGUUUUGUACCUGCUACCUGGCUUCUUACCUCACGAACAAGUAUGUCCUGUCUGUCUUGAAAUUUACCUACCCUACAUUAUUCCAAGGGUGGCAGACAUUAAUUGGUGGACUUUUGCUUCAUGUGUCAUGGAAACUGGGCUGGGCGGAGAUCAACAGCAGUUCAAGAUCUGAUGUUUUGACAUGGCUUCCUGCUUCAGUGCUGUUUGUGUGUAUCAUCUAUGCUGGUUCCAGAGCACUGUCCAGACUGGCCAUUCCCGUGUUUCUCACUUUGCAUAAUGUAGCCGAAGUUAUCAUCUGUGGGCACCAGAAGUGUUUUCAGAAAGAGAAAACAUCUCCUGCAAAGAUCUGUAGUGUCCUCUUCCUCCUGGCUGCCGCAGGGUGCCUGCCCUUCAACGACUCCCAGUUUGAUCCAGAUGGUUAUUUCUGGGCUGUAAUUCACUUAUUCUGCGUAGGGGCUUAUAAGAUACUACAGAAAUCCCAGAAACCCAACGCGUUAAGUGACAUUGACCAGCAGUACUUAAACUAUCUAUUCAGUGUGGUGCUCCUGGCAUUUGCAUCUCACCCCACAGGUGAUCUCCUCAGCGUCCUGGACUUUCCGUUCCUGUAUUUCUACAGAUUCCAUGGCAGCUGCUGUGCCAGUGGAUUUUUGGGAUUCUUUCUCAUGGUCAGCACAGUGAAGCUAAAAAGCCUUAUGACCCCAGGGCAGUGUGCAGCCUGGAUUUUCUUUGCUAAGGUGAUCACGGCUGGUUUAUCGAUAUUGCUGUUUGAUACGAUCCUGACCAGGGCCACCGUGGGAUGCCAGCAUCCAGAGCAGGAACCAGAGCCUCGACGGUGUACCUUUCAGCCACUCAUCCACACAAGAGUCACCACUAUAGCCUCCUGGUCGGCGGCCUUGGAGAGGCCUUGCUGGUUUUCUCAGAGCGGAAGGGCUCCUAAACACAGGGAGAGUGGACUCCCAAGCUGCAGCCGGAGAACACCGCCCUGGGCUAUGGAGCUCCCUGUCCCGGCGAUAGAAAGAAGAAAGCAAGAACGAUGAGACACUGCUGCUCGCUGCGUCGAGGAGAACUUUUUCUGGGGUCUCUGGGCCGCUGCAGAGAGUGGACUGUGUCGAGAGGCUCCCCCAAGUCCUGCUGACUGUGCUGUGAGCCCAGCUGUGCAGAAACAGAUCCAGGAUUUCACCUGCAUGGGGAUGGCUCCGCCCACCUUGAUUGCCACGCAAGCCUCCUUACUAAACACCCUUCCCAGAUAAGUGUUCACUGCCUGCUAGUGGGCCCAAGGUAUUGUGUUGCCUUUUUGGUUUUGUUUUGUGAUUUUACACCCUUGGAGACUCCUCCGGGGACACCCUUUCCUUGCUGUCAGUCAGGCUGGCUUGCCUAGAACUCACACUCCCCCACCUAGGGGCGCAGAGAGAAUUCCUCGAGCUGGCUUCCACUGGGGGCAGGAGUGGAGGAGGUAAAUGGGGGUUCUGGGCUAAGUAAGACGCCAGCAAGGACACUACUUCUCCAGAGUGUGUGCUGAAGCCUUCUUAUGGUUGUGUGUUGUGUUGAAUUCCACACACCCUUUUUUGCCUACCAUUAGGGUAACUUGGUGCUAAUGAUUACCAGAGGGAAUAGGAUUAAUAAGCACUGGUGGAGGAAACAGCAAACAAACAUAAAUAUGUAAACGCACACACAGUUAUAUUCGUAAUCCAUUUAAUUCCCUGAUAUCUCAGAGGAGGUUUCAGAUCAUUGAACACUGAAAUAUAUUUUUCAGGCCAGAUGAAAAAUUGGAUGAAAACUCUAAACCUUGCCUUUAUGGGAGUCAAAAGAAAUGAAUUUGCAUGAAAUGGUCAUUUGAUUCUGAACCCCAAUGAAGGUUUAAGAAAAUAAUGUCUAGCUCCAAAUAUUCCUGCUCAUAAUAGGUUUUCUGAAUGCAUUAUACUCUGCCAGGUGUCAGUUUUGGUCAUUUUGAGACGUAGAAGGUAAUGAAGUCCAGGGAGUCCUGUCCAGGAAGGAUCCAGGCCCUGCAGGGUGGGACACCCCGUUAGUGAUGAAGGACCACCUCUAGCAUCUGGGAAACAAGCCUUGUCCAUUCUUGGCCUUGUGAAGACUAAGGUCAGCUCAGUCAGGCCAUUCUUCCUGCAAUUUUUUCUCCAAGUUGUUGAAAAAAGAAACAGAAGAUGAAACAAAUAGGAAUGGAUUAGUAUAUUUGGACCUUGAGUACCUUAAAUUCAUUUCCUUGUCUUUUCCUGGUCUCUGCUUGUCAUUUAAGGUAAACAUGUUCAGAGUGACCUUUAUACAUAUAUAGUUUCACGUUGCUUUUUGUUCCUAAUCUGAGAUGUCAAACCUUCUACCGAGGAUCAAAUAGAAAAUCUGGGUUUACAAUUUUCUUUGUUCUUUCGCUCCCACAAAACCGUCUCUGUACAACUGAGGCCAGUUCUCUCUUUACAGAAAGUGGCAUCUGUCCAAAUGUCAUCUUAUGUCUGUCUUUCCAAGUCUCAUUUGAGCAAAUGGAGAUUCCUAAGGCUAGAAAGAGCCAUGUACAGUUAACAAACCCCGUCCCCUGUUCCAGCAGGAAGGACUGACCUCAGAAACUUCUGCAGCAGACAGAAAAAGACAAAUACUGUACGACAUCACUUAUAUGUGGAAUCUAAAAAAUAAUACAAAUGAAUGUAUUUGCAAAAACAGAAACAGACUCACAGAUAUAGAAAACAAACUAGUGGUUACCAAAAAGGAGAGGGAAGGGAAGAGGCAAAUUAGGGGUAUGGGAUUAAGAGAUACAAACUACUAUAUAUAAAAAAGAUGAGCAACAAGGAUAUACUGUACAGCACAUGGAAUUAUAGCCAUUAUCUUGUAGUAACUUUUAAUGGAGUAUAGUCUAUAAAAAUAUUGAAUCACUAUGCCAUACACCUGAAAGUUAAUACAAUAUUGUAAAUCAACUAUACUUCAAUAAAAGAAAUAA